CGGUUCUGUUUGUUUUUAUUUAAAUCUCUGACAGUUGAAGUGCGAUUCUGUCUGCUGGAUUUUAACUGCGGUCGGAUCACGUGUCAAAGAACAGAUCAUCGCUGGCUUUAGAAGGGAAUCUUUUUUGUUUAUGUUUUUCCACUUCAUUAGAAACGAUCGCGUGAAUCGACCAAUAUCGAGCAGAUUUCAACCCAACUAAGGAAAUUGACGAUUACCAUAGCUAGACACGCUUUCCUGGAAGAAACUUUCUCGAUCAAGUCGUUGCAGACAACUAUUUGUUUUACUUUCGAAUGUUAUCCGUGAUUGACAGGCUAGUGGUAAGAGCCAAUCAGUGUCCCCGCAGUGAAUAAUGACGCAAACACACCAUUUAUUGGCUUCUGUAAACAAAAGGACGAGAACAGGAUGUGUUUUCUGUCUGUUCCCCGAUCGCGUUUAUUUAACUCCUAGUGCAAUUUUCCAGUGCUUGAAUCUUCAAAAACCUGAUUAAAUACGUCAAACAUCGACUAAAGCAAAAAAUCUGGAACGCUACGAGCGUAAAACUAGCUCACGGUCUCGCUUAGUUGCAAAACGCCAGCCCUCACCACGUGGUCUAUGAUAAUUAUGUUGCCAUAGAAAUCAUUAUCUUUUUGACACCAAGAUGACACACCUCUCACGUUUGCAUUUUAUAUUCGUGGGUUAUCACAGUUCAGCAAAUCGGUGAAAAAGCAAAAAGGCGAUCGAAGUUACGGGAAGCGUUAGUCUAUUUAGACUCCUCUAAGUGACAACAUGUCUACGGCCCUUGUCUCCGCGUUUUAUGACGUGAACGACGUGUUAUACAAGGUUAGUUGCCGUUGUCGUUUUCUUUUAGAACUUUACGCAAGAACAAUCGCAUCUAUUCAUUCCGCGAUGUCUCUAAAGUAGAAACCUUUGUGCAAGGUGAUUAAGAGCAAUUUUAAAAGUCCCUCUGCCACUCUGAUCUCACGUCAACAUGUGAAUCGCUUUCUUCUGCAGAAUAACAGAAAUCUCGGCUUGGCGUUUGAGCAAAGACCACGAAGUGAAAGGAAACCAUUGCCUAUAGGCCAGCCGCGAAGACACUCGACUUCUGUUUCAAGCUCUCGCUCCUCGCCGAAUCUGAUCACGUUGACGGGUUCCCCAAACAAACGAGAGCGCUCAUUGAGUUUGAGUGCCGAAGAGGAGCGCAGACGAACCAGUUCAAACUCCAGCCGGUACAAGACCGAACUUUGUCGCCCUUUCGAAGAGAACGGUACUUGUAAGUAUGGAGACAAGUGUCAAUUCGCUCACGGUGUUCACGAACUGCGCUCACUUAGUCGCCAUCCUAAAUACAAAACUGAAUUGUGCCGUACAUUUCACACGAUCGGGUUCUGCCCUUAUGGGCCGCGAUGUCACUUCAUUCACAAUGCAGAAGAACGAAGGGCUGCGCAGAUGAUGAAUGGUGCCCGAAUGUCUCCGCCAUCGCAACUGAUCGGUCCACCUUCGCCGCCACUCACAGAGCCAAGCUCGCCAUUACCGACUUCUUUAACUCCACCUUCUCCAUCUCCGCUCUCCUUCUACAACGAUGAUAGCCCAUUGGGAAGUCCUAUCAACAGCCCGUUAGCGAUUCCUUCUCCCGCUUCAAACAAUGUCUUUACCUUCCCAUCACAAGCUCAGGAUUUCUCGCCUGUUCUUUCGCCGACCAUGGCAAGCCCUCCAGGAGUGUUCUCGCCUGGGUUAGAGCUGAACGAAGACGAUGACUUGGACGAAGAUGAUGAAAAUCUUCCCCCGACGCCGCCAGACUCGUAUGAUUUGGCUAGCCGAAGGCGCUUGCCUGUGUUCAACAGAAUGUCCGUGCCGGAAUAAGGUUGUAAAAAUUGGCUUUUAGUAGUUUAACGUUUGUACACAAGAUUUGUAAUUUAACAUUUAAAGACUGAUCAAGUCAACAAAACGCUGGAGAAUCAGUUAUUAUUUUCACGUCAAAAUAGGGCACACAAGAAUAUACAUAUACAUAUAUUAUAUUAUAUAAUUAACCAUAUUUUUAUGAUCGGGACUAAAGCACAGAUUUAUAUGCAUCAAGCAGUUUCUAUAGGUCCUAUAGCUUAUUUAUCGAAGAAAACAGAAAGAAAAUUAUCGACGGAAUUGCUAGUGUUAAACACGAAAUUCCUAAGUGUAAGUUUUUCGUACACGUUUUAUAUUUGGUCAAUAAUUACCACUGUAUAUUGUAAAGCCUGUGAAUAAUGGAAGCUAAAAUUAUAUUGUCGACGUUUUUUUUUCUUUUACCUCUUUCAAUUCCUAUCUAUUUAAUAUAUUAUUUAUUUAACUUAUAAUACCAAGCGAUAAGUUGCUAUUUUGUUACCGAAUUUUGAAUCAAAAUCCAUUAAUUUUGUUACAGUCAGGUAGAGAAAUGAGAGAAGUAAUUUCUUAAUAUAUAGCCUAUUUACAUGGUCGUAAUUUAAACGUAGAUAAUUUAUAAUCGACUUGCAUAUUUGGGAGUGUUAUGUGCACGUCUGAUUCAAAACCGAAGUUGUUUUUGAAAAUAGGAACGUCUUUUUGGAAAGCGAUUCAAUAAAUGUUCCUUUAAAUUUUGUU